AGACAGCGCUUCUACUCGGGAAAAAACCCCAUCCACAAUACUUGCUGUAAAUCAAGCCAGGAGGAUCGAGCCUAAGCGCAAGACGAAUGGUUUGGGCAUGGUGCCCACGCCCCAGGUGUGCGUAUCAACCCUGGUCACGGUGAGCACGAUGGCGGUGGUGGACCUCUACCUGCUGGAGCAGAGCAUGCUGGGGGCUCAUGGUCUCCCGGGGCCUAGUGUCUGGCAGUGUGCGGCGGUGUUGCUGGGCGACGUGGGCUUCCUGCUCGCGCUGCGCUUUGUGUCAGCCGGCGUGGUGUCGGAGGUGCGGUCACCUCGUCGUGGUUUCGCCAACGCCCUCUGGUUCCUGUUCCUCUCCCUGCUCCAGCUCAAGCUCUUCUUUGUCUGCCAUAACUACAGGCAGGAACGCCGGCCACCCGACCCGCUGGCCAGGAAGACCUUGACGCUGCUGCUGUCCAUCUGCCUGCCCUCCCUGUUCCUAAUCCUGACGGGGGCUGACCACAUGACCCCUCAGCGCAGGAAGCAGGAGGUGCGGGGCCGGCUACUGUGGGUGGUCGUGGACCUGCUGGACGUGCUGGACCUGCAGGCGGGGCUGUGGGAAGUCCAAGGAGGAGCCGCAGUGGGGACCGGAGGGGUUGUUGAGCAGAAGCUACCCAUCUGGGCCGAGGGCCUGGUCUUCUUUUACUGCUACGCUCUCCUCCUGCUGCUGCCGUGUGUGGCCCUCACAGAGCUAGGGGCCAUGGGCCUGCCAGGACAGAGGGGGCCCCGUAAGGAGGCUCUGUACCCUUGGCUCAGCUUGGUCACUAUCAAUAUCUUCACCCUGGCCCUGAGGGGCACAGGCAUGCUGUGGUACAGGGACCCGCGUGUGUCCACUGUGUUCCUGGGGAAGAACCUGCUGGCUCUGGCUGUGAAGCUGAGCUCAGCCUGGGAGAAACACAAGCAGGAGCGUGCCGCUGCGGGAGCCGGGACCGUGGCUGGAGCCGAACCAGGCGAGUCGACCCUGCCAAGCCAAAGCUCAGAGCAGGGAGAAGGCCAGGCCCAGGGGAAAGCUCCUCCCUCCCAUUAUCACACACUGUCUCGCUCCCAAAGCAACACACUCUCCCACGUCAGCCUGGAGCCCGGAGAGACGCCCUUAGGACCCUCUUUCAUCUCCCACGAACUCUAGGGAGCCUCACUCGGUCUGAACAUGCACGCAUGCACAAACGCAUGUACGCACACCCACACUCAAAAGUCAAACCAGCCGAGCCAGUAUCACAUCCAAACAGAUAACUUGUAUUGAAUUUCAAUACAACUGUGAUGGGUACGAUGCAGAGCUGUGGAAAUGCAUUUGGCAGGCGCGGCUUUCUGCACAUUUUGUUGUGCUAAGAAUAACUCAAAAUGCAUUGCUGUGAUUUGUGAGAGUGUAUUUUUAAAUUGAACACUGUGAACACAACUAUCAGAGUGUAAAGAAUAUUCCAGAAAUGUAAGCUGAAGUCUAGUAGUGUUUAUUCUUGUUUGAUCUCGGCGUAACAGCCUCAACUGCCACAAUUUGCUGAAUUCUGACCUUCACACACCACCUUGAAGUUGUAGUUUGAGUUGUUCUGUUUUAUUAUUUAUAAUUUAAGUUCAAUUUCUUGCUACAAAUCCGACGCCACUCCAUACUACAUAAUGAAUCUGCCUAGGAAUGAGGAACACUUCUCUGUGGUUCACUUAUUUGUUAAAUCUCAGUUCAGUUCGUGUGGAAAAAUUAGAUAAACACUCUUCUGCCAUUAGAUAGAAAAAGAGAGAAAAAAAAAGAUAGACCGUGACCUUUCAGUGUAUAUUUUCUCUGACACUUUACAGGGAACUUUCACGGAGAAAAAUUUUAUAUGGAGGUGGUGAUUUAUUUUUUCCAUCAGUACCACAGAGGCAUGAUUUAAAAGCCAGCAAGCAGUAAAACUCACUCUACACUGUGCUUCAAUAUUUCAACAAGAGUCUAUCCCAGUGGUUUCCAUUCUCUUUGGCUUGUGACCCUUUAAAUCGAAGUCUUCUCCUGACCCUGGGUGAUGUUCCCGUGUAGCUUUUUUCCUAUAUGAAUACAUUUUAGAGGCCUGAAGGUGUGAAAUUAUCUACUUUUUCACAAUAUAAAAAUACAAAGGAUAUAAAAGAAUCAGAAAAAAUAAACAAUUUGUGUAUGAUAUAGUUGUUUUUCCUCAUAUCCCGUUUCUUCUCAUAAUCUCAUGACCUCCCUGAUUUAUUUUGUGACCGCUUUGAAGGUCCUUGCACUUGAGGUUGGGCAAAACAAGUGCAGUGGUGCCAGAUUUUCCUUCCAACCAAAGGUAACACUGGCAGAUUUCAUUUACUGUAGCAUAUCGGUAGCUCACCUGGUUAAGCGCAAAACAUUCAUCAGGCCUUAAUGCAGCCGCCUGGGCUCUAAUCCAACCCGGGGCCCCUUGCUGCAUGUCACCCCCACCCCCACUCCCUCCCUCUCUCUAUCUCUCUCUCUCUCUCUCCUCUGCCUUUCCUGUCGCUCUCCACUGUUGCUGUCAAAAAUAAGAAAUGCCAAAAAAUAUCUUAAUAAGAUUUCACUUAUUAAUUCCUCUUGUCUGGCAGUAAAUGUUAAUCAGAGGAAUCAGUCACUGUGGUGUUUGGUUGGAGUGAAAACCUGCAGACUCAUGGCCGACCGUCCCUGCCAAGCUGUUUUUGGUCUUAUGACAUCUUUUAUUUGAUUUAAAUGCAGAAUUUGAACAUCAGUGAACUGGCUAAUCCAUUUUAGUCAGGAUGUUUUUGUAUCUUCAAAUAUAUUUCGGAAGAACUUUUGCUGUUAAAACCAUUGAAUAGAGAUUUUAACACAACAAAAUGUGCAUAACUUAAGAUGCCAACUGUUUACGAAAGACACUGUUUCCAUAAAUUUAAUCUUUCAAUAGUGGCGCUGAAAGACGGGCAAUAAGAAUUUUGCAUUAUCUUAAUCCUAUUGUAACACAAACUACAGGUCUAUUUUACUACACUGUUUACAGAGACAGAAUACCAAUGUAAGUAAUCCCUUUACAGUUUGAAAACACAUUCAAAAUUCAUGUUUUGCUGUCUGUUGUCAUCUGUACUUGUCUCAGUCUCUUCGGGACAGCUGCCUGUCCUAUCAUCAGAUCCCUUUUUUCACUUUAGAUGAAAGAGUUAACUUUUUAAUCCCAUAAGAAUUACGGAUGGAGCCUUUCAUUCACUGAUUUGUUAAGAUGUGGAUGUUGUAGUAUUUGGGUGUCAGCAGGUGUAGAGGACGUACAGUACAGUCAAGUGCCUUGUUUCCUCAUGAAGCUACGAGCCUCUGGGUUGUCAAGAGGCGUACACGUCAUGUGUACCAUGUGGAACUUGGACAUACGCCAUGUGUAUACUGUGAAGUUAUUCCACGGCUGUUGUCAGCUACACCUCCAGGACAGAGUGCAAACUAAUAAAGUGUUUCAUACUU